UCAAGGCGUGUGGGGGCGGAAGCGGCGGUGGCAGUGGCGACAGCGGCUGCUGUCAGAGGUGGAGAAGGUCUGGGCAGAGCAGCCAUGGAGGGUCAGCGCUGGCUACCACUAGAGGCCAAUCCCGAGGUCACAAACCAGUUUCUCAGACAGUUAGGUCUACAACCUAACUGGCAAUUUGUUGAUGUAUAUGGAAUGGAUCCUGAGCUCCUUAGCAUGGUACCAAGACCAGUCUGUGCAGUGUUGCUUCUCUUCCCUAUUACAGAAAAGUAUGAAGUAUUCAGAACAGAAGAGGAGGAAAAAAUAAAAUCUCAGGGACAGGAUGUUACAUCAUCAGUAUAUUUCAUGAAGCAAACAAUCAGCAAUGCCUGUGGAACAAUUGGACUGAUCCAUGCUAUUGCUAACAAUAAAGACAAGAUGCAUUUUGAAUCUGGAUCAACUUUGAAAAAAUUCCUGGAGGAAUCUGUUUCAAUGAGCCCUGAAGAAAGAGCCAGAUACCUGGAGAACUAUGAUGCCAUUCGAGUUACUCACGAGACCAGUGCCCAUGAAGGUCAGACUGAGGCGCCAAGCAUAGAUGAAAAAGUAGAUCUUCAUUUUAUUGCAUUAGUUCACGUAGAUGGGCAUCUCUAUGAAUUAGAUGGACGGAAACCAUUUCCAAUUAACCAUGGCAAAACUAGUGAUGAGACUUUAUUAGAGGAUGCCAUAGAAGUUUGCAAGAAGUUUAUGGAACGUGACCCUGAUGAAUUAAGAUUUAAUGCGAUUGCCCUUUCUGCAGCAUAGUUUGUUGAUAAUGGAAACACCAAAUACUGUAUAUUUGCAACACAAUUAAAUUUAUGCUGCCAUACACUAACUCAAAAGUUUUGAUAUUUUCCUUAACUUGACUAAUUAAACUUUGUGUGAAUUAAA